GGUUGGUUUUUAUUUUAAUACGAAACAGUGAAGAUGACACCAAAACAUGAAAAACAAGAGUUUGUAACUGUCUUGGUGCGAGACCCCAGGACACAAAAAGAAGACUCAUGGCAUUCUUACAUAGACUAUGAGAUAUUUAUUCAUACAAACAGCAUGUGCUUUACAAGGAAAACAUCCUGUGUUAGACGACGCUUUCGAGAAUUCGUUUGGCUUCGGCAGAGGCUUCAGAGCAACGCUGUGCUUAUACAGUUACCUGAACUGCCAUCUAAAACUCCCUUCUUCAAUAUGAAUAAUCCCCAUCAUGUGGAUCAUCGCCGUCAGGGUCUGCAAGAAUUCCUGGAAAAGAUCCUACAACAUGCAUUAUUGCUUUCCGACAGUAGGCUUCACCUCUUCUUACAGACCCAGCUGAGCCCAGAAGAUAUGGAGGCUUGUGUAUGUGGACAGACCAAAUACUCUGUUGCUGAUGCAAUUCAUAAGUUUGCCUCCUUGAACAGACGUUUCCCUGUAGAAGAGGAAGAGAGAGAAAAAGGAAAAACCGAUGCAGACUCUGAUUCAGAGAGGUCAUCCUCCCGGCUUGGACCUAGUGAUGACAGCGUUUCAUGUGGAUGUAAAGCAAGCCCAGCUUCUGAAGAAUCAUGAAAAAUCAUUCCUGUGUUGCUAUUUUAAGGACAGUACAAAGCAGUUUCUGUUCCGUUCACGGGUUACGUGCACGAUGUAAAUGCGGCUAGCGCGUACCUACAAGACACGUCGUCAAUACAACCCUGUGUCCUUAUAAAAUUUUCAAAACAGGCCUUGGUACU